CAUGGCCACAAGCAAGACAUUUUUAUUUUGAAGUCAUUAAUAAGAGGCCUCUUGACCAGCCAAUGGGGAAGGGAAUCGUUGUCCAUAAAGCAGCCGAGUAAGCACCGUAUUGCUGAUGAGAGAGCACCUCUUUUCGACACCAAUCUGAAUCGCAGCACAGAUUCAACACAUCAGGAUGUUGAUUAAAAGAGAUGGAUAUUGAGGAUAUACAAUCAAAUCUCAAUGCCUUGAGAAAAUUGUAUGGUCUUUUACAAAAUGAUGGGGAUGGUUUGCAAAAUGCAAGCUCUCUAAAUUUGGAUGAAAAAGCACGACUCCUGUUAAAGGAACUACUGGAUGGUGCAACAGAAAGGGCUUUUGAAGCUUAUUCAAAGAUCAUAGCAGCUCAAUGGGGUACUCAACUAGGGCCACCCAAAGACACUUUGAAGCUAGUGCCUCUUGCGUCAGCAGAUGAUGUAUCAAGUACUUCUCCUAGCGUAGCUCAAAACUCUCAAAAUGAUCCAAGUUUCCAAAAAAUUGCUUUGGAAAAAAUUGAGCGGGAACCUUCUGAGCUUCCAACUCAAGCAGCUGUUACAGAGCAGUUGAAAUUGAGAAUUGCUGGAAGUGAACCUGAAGAGAGAAAGAAACGUUGCCGAGUUUGCCACCACAGCAAUGUGAAGCAGCUGAAUUCUGCCGAAGAGAUAAAACCUUCUGAAGAUAAAAUUCAGAAUUCAAAGAAAGAUUAUAGUUUUCAGCACCAACAGCAGAAUUGCUCUAGCCAUAAUCUUAGAGUUAGUAGGCUAGUCAAUGGUUUUGAAUUAGAUAAUAUGGGUUUUGAGUCUGCAACUAACAUUGAAAAUGAAGAACAGAAGAGGAGCCGUGGAAUUCAAUACAACCUGUCUGGGAUUGGAUCUUCACAUUUAUCGAGUAUUCCCACUGCUGAGCAAGAACCUGUUGGGAACAAUCCAAUGCCAAAAGAAGUUAUAGAUGCAAUCAAACAAAUUGAAUUAUGUAUUUCAUCUUUACAACUAGCUGCUGAGCAUGUGGUCCCUCUAGAGAAGAAGAAUGGAGCUCAACAUGCUGUGUGGAAAAGUAUGGCCAAUCCAAUUCCUGGUACAACUACAAAUUCGGUUACUUCCAUAAUGCAGACUAAAGAGAGGUUAGGUACAAGGAGUGAGCUGAGAGAGGCUGGUGAGUUUGUUCUGGGAAGAAAUGAUUCGCUGAGUCAGGCUGGUGAAUUUGUUCUGGGCACAAAUGAUUCACUGAGACAGCGGGUCAGUACAAGUAUUCGGGAAGCCAAGGGCUCUAGUCUGGUGCAUCAGAUGCCAACUGUGAGCCAGGUCAAGGUGACUAAAUUGUCAAAUAAAACAAAGAGUCAGACUUCAAAGCCCGUUCCACCAAGCAAUUACUUGCUGAGUCAGUCAGUGAAUCAAAAAGUUGGGAGAAGCAAAGCCAUUGUUUCUUUGGUAGAUGAUACUCUGAGUGAGAUCGGGAAGGCCAUUGAGGGACACAAGUUGCCAAGUUGGAAAGCAAGUCAAUUUCCUGGUCAGAAUGAUCACAUGCCUAGUCAGACUCAUAAGUUUGUUCAAGGCUUUAGGGUUCCACCACCUCAAAAAGAGCCAGCUAAGAUACUGAGUCAGAUCGACAAAGAAAAUCGGGAUCAAAAUAGAAUUCCCCGACUGUCCCAUCCCUUUACGUCAUAUCAAUCAGUAGGUUCAACAGAUUUCAUGGGUUUCAAUGGUAAAAGUGAAGCGGUUGAUGCUGGUCACAUGCUGAGACGGACACAGAACAGGGGGUGUAGGACUCGGAGUAAAAAAGUUUUGCCGCAUCAGACCAUAGUGAGGCCUUCUCUGCUACAUCAAAAGCCCAGUCAAAUUAUGGUGCACCACCCAUUGUCUGAGGAUAGGAUGGAUCAAAAACGAAGUGGAGCCCAAAAGUUGAAUCAUAUGGGCCAACCGAGAAAGAUCUUUCCUCGUGAAGAAGAACCGGAGGCGUCAAGUUCAAUUGCAAGUGCAAAUGCUAGUUAUUCCUCAACCCGGACAAGUCAGUUAGCUAGCACUAGCAGCGAUGAGAGUAAAAGGUCUUCACUUCCAGGUAAAUCAAGGACUCGGCACUAUAUGACUCCCACUAGUACCAGUGAGAGUGAGGUGUAUCGACUGCCCGGCAGGUCGUCCUGUGCUAAUCAAGUGGAUUCUUCAAGCAGCAGUGAGACUGAUGGGUACUCAUUGCCAAGCAAGGCUCAGUAUCAUCGUGAGGGUCUCACUGGUAGUGAUGAAAGGGACAGCUACCCACCAUCUGAUUGGACAACAUCAAGUCGUCGCAUGGAUCUUUCAUCUCAGCUGAUGAGUUCCACGUCAAGGAGAAUAGGUCGCAGCAAGAACUACAGAGCAAGGAAUAGAGCAACCCCUGAGAGACAGAAUGGACGAUUGAGAAAACUGAAAGACAAGCUAGCACUUAUCUUUCAUCACCAUCACCACCACCACCACCACCACCACCACCACAAUCAUGAUGACAAUGAUCAUAGUCACAGUGAUCGCCAGACCAAUGUUCGUGAUGCUGCAUCAUUAUGGAAGUAUGCUGGGAAAAUAUUUCAUGGUGCGGGCAAAGAUGAGGCUCAUGGGAAACGGAUGGUUGAGAAAGUUGGGAAGUCUCUGGUCCGCAAUGCACCGGCUAAGAACCAGCAUGGGCAUUUCCAUAUGCUUGUAGAAGGGCUUUUGAGGCAUGUUCGUCAUUCCAAGAAGUUAAAGCCAUCAACAGGUGCCCCACGAGUAGCAAAAAGCCAACAUGGCAGAAAGAAGGUAGGAAAGAAGUCACACUGGUGGCAAAUGUUGCGGCACAACAGGGGAGUGAAGCUGCCUAGCAAGCCACGAGUGAAGCUGGGAUAUGGGAGUAAGAAACCACAGUUACGAGCACUACCAAAGACGAGAUAAGAGUGUUAUGCAGUGGUUGAGUUAUUCAAUGGUAUGUAAUUUCUGAUAUAUGCAAUUGUUCUUGAAACGAUGUAAAAAUUGGUACUAAUUUGUUUUUGCUUUUUAGGAAUCGAGUACAAGACCAAAAAGUGCUGAUUCCUAUCCAUUCAGGCGUGUGGGUGUUGAAAUGCCUUUUUUAUUGUACACCAAUUUAGCAACUGUGGUCUUUCCAUGACCUUCAACUCCAACUAUAGAAUGAAGUUGACAUUCUCUUAACAUGGCAACAUCAAGAAAACAU